GUUGUUUUAAGAAGUGACGCUUUGAGUUUCUGUAGCUAACGUUAGCCGCCGUGCAGCUGAAAGAUGUCGGUCAAGCGGGCUAUCGGCGAUUCAGAGUACUUGAAGAAGAGGAUUCCACAGAACUCCAAAUAUCAACAUGUAAAAACACGGCUUGAUACAGGUUGCAGCCUGACAAAGUACAUGGAGAGACUAGAGGAGGCAAGAAAAAAUUACAGAUAUAGGAAGGAUGAGCUAUUUAAAAGGCUAAAAGUGACAACUUUUGCACAGCUGGUAAUCCAAGUUGCUUCAGUGUCGGAUCAGAAUGACAACAUUUCAGAUGAAAUGACCAGAUUAGAUGAUGAUGUUUCAAUUUUCUCUGAGUCACCGGGACUGGACCAUCUCUCAGAUCCCACUAAUGGCACUCCCCAGCCAACUCUUCUUCCCCCACAGAAUAUCAACAAUGAUGAAUCGGGUGAUGCUGGGUUUUCACCUAGAUCCACGCUCCAAAGUGUCAUCAGUGGCGUGGGAGAGCUGGAUCUGGAUAAGAAUGGGAAGAAGACCAUCCAGCUCUCUCCAAUGUCUACCUCCAACACCACAGAGUGCCCCUAUCUUGACUGCCCAUAUCUGUUGCUGGAUGUAAGGGACAGAGACCAGUAUGACCAGUGUCAUAUUAUCAGUGCAUAUAGUUACCCUAUUGCGACCUUAUCUAGGACAAUGAACCCAUAUACUAAAGAAGUUCUGGAUUAUAAAAACACUUCUGGAAAAAUCAUAAUCUUGUAUGAUGAGGACGAGAGGAUAGCGAGUCAAGCAGCCACCACCAUGUGUGAGAGGGGAUUUGACAAUCUCUUCAUGUUAUCUGGGGGUUUAAAAGUGAUUGCUCAGAAAUUCCCUGAGGGAAUGACGACCGGCUCCAUUCCCAUCUCUUGUCUGCCAUCACCUCCAGGACCUGCAGGCCGUAAACGAUCUGUGCCACAGCAGACGUCACAGCUUGCAGAAAAAAAGUGGCGGUUUACCUCGGAGGACCUCAGCAGAAUCCAGCACUUCCUGGAAGAGGUGUUCAUACCCAGCGAGCCCAGCAGUCGUCUCAGUAGCAGAAUGUCAACUAGCAGCGCUGUUCAGUCCAAAGCAUCUAGUGUUCGGAGCAGUCGACAGGGCUCGUCUAUAGCAGGGUCAGACGGUGCCCGUUCACAGAGUAGUAGACCUUGGAAAUGACCCCAUUGUUACCUUCAUCGUCAUCAUCAUUUUAAUGCAAAUGAAAUCCUAAUGUUUUACUUUAGCAGGAUUCCUGUAAACAUCUGUGAUGGACACUCUUAAGUUCUGUUGAUUUUUAUUUUCUCUGUCACAUGAUUUCAUUAUCAGUAGUUUACACAACUGGCACUUUUUUUAUUUCUUUGGUUUAUGUACAUGUUAUAUUACGUACUUGCACUGCAGGCACCAGAUCCAAACUAGAUCAAAAAUGUUAGAUCUGUUUGUGAUUUGCCGGUCAAAAAUUAUUCUUUAAUUUUAGAGCACAAAGACCCAUUUAUUCUAAUGGCUUUGUCCGGUACUCAUUGAUUUUAAUGCAUGUGUGUAGGGUUCUUGUGUAUUUCACAUAGAUGUAGUCAGCAGGUUUUAGUGAAAGAGAUCCACUAGUGGUCAUUUUACUUUGCUUUAGAUGUGCUGUGCUAUGCUAUGCAAUGAUCUGUACAUUGAGCAUGCUGGUUUAGCUAGAGUAUACUUAGCAGGUACAUGCGCUGUGCUGCUUAAGAAGUAUUUUAGAUGUGCUAUUUUUAUGCCUUAAAUCGAAAUGUGGGGUUGAGGCAAUGGCCUUGUCUAUUUGUUCAGUGCUUUUGUUUGUUUUAAUGUUUUUCAAACCAGUGCAAACAGAUUUCCCCCUAACACAAAAUCAACAUCAUCUCAACUGCGAUAUGUAUGUUAUGAAAUGAAGAUGUACUUAAGGUGAAUAAUGUUACUAUAUAGCUUUGCUAUUGCAAAGCCUUAUGAAGGAACGUCACGUGCAUUUAAUGGAGCUGCUAUUAGCUUUGUUUUUUUUAAAAUGUUUUGCCUUUUGUGUUUUCCAUGUUUCUGUGACAAGUCAGUUAAUUAUCCCUGUUCUUUCAAAGACUUUGACCAAUGACAAAUUUAGUUUACUACGUGGUUUGUUGUUUUGUAUUAUAAGUCUGAAUAAAGAGCCAUUUUAUAUUGUAGACCCAGCUGAUAUUAAAGUGAUUAUCUUGAAAAUUUAUAAUACGAACUGUUGGCACAUUAUCUAAAAACUAUAGAUCUCAAGUGUGGCAAUGAUGCAAACUAUUCAUCAGGUGACAAAAUAUACAAUUGGCAAAUUUUUCAAAAGGAGGGUGACAUUAAUUUUACCGCAAUGCCUUAAUUUACUUUAAGGAGUUACUUGUGCUGACAAGGGGUGUAACUAGAGGGAGGACAGGGUGGGAAGCCACCCUAGGGGUGAGAGGGGGCCCGCAAUGGUCGACCAAAAGAAAUCAUAAAAAUGACCGAGGGGUAAUGAAAAACUGCCAAGGAGGGGGCCCGCAAGAUUCAAGUUACGCCACAGGUGCUGACUGUGUGAUUUUUGCAGAUUCAAAGUUCUGGUCACCACUCACUUGCAUUGUAUGGUCCUACAGUGUUGAGAUAUUCAUCUAAAAAAUUUGUGUUCUGCAUAAGAAAGUCAUACACAUCUGGGAUGGCAUGAGGGUGAGUAAAAUAUGAGAUUC